AGCCACGUGCGGUGCGGGGUUACCGGAAGGGGGCGGCCGGCGACGUGGGUGCAGCAGUAGGGGCUCGGGCUGGGUCCCCGGGUCGCCGCAACGAGAGACCUCUUCCCCGUGCUUGUCUGGGUUGAAGGAACCCGGCCCCCUGCGUGGGGAUCCGGCCCUACGGAUGAGCAUAAGCCUUCUCCGCAGAGCAGCUACCCGGUCGUUGAGGUGAUGUCGGAGCUCAGCGAUGAAGCCAGUGAGCCAGAACUCCUGAACCGCAGCUUGUCCAUGUGGCAUGGGCUGGGUGCUCAGGUCAGCCGGGAGGAGCUGGCCGUCCCCUUGGAUCUUCACACAGCUGCUUCCAUCGGCCAGUAUGAAGUGGUGAAGGAAUGUGUGCAGCGGAGAGAGUUAGAUUUGAAUAAGAAGAAUGGUGGUGGCUGGACCCCACUGAUGUAUGCCUCCUACAUUGGACAUGAUACCAUUGUGCACCUGCUGCUUGAGGCGGGGGUGAGCGUGAAUGUGCCGACCCCAGAAGGACAGACUCCGCUGAUGCUGGCUUCCAGCUGUGGCAAUGAGAGCAUCGCCUACUUUCUCCUCCAGCAAGGUGCUGAGCUGGAAAUGAAGGACAUUCAAGGCUGGACUGCCCUCUUCCACUGCACCAGCGCUGGGCACCAGCAGAUGGUCAAGUUCCUGUUGGACAGUGGAGCAAAUGCCAACGUGAGGGAGCCGGUGUAUGGAUUUACUCCUUUGAUGGAAGCAGCUGCUGCUGGCCAUGAAAUAAUUGUGCAGUAUUUCCUUAAUCAUGGAGUCCGAGUGGACACAAGAGACCACAGUGGGGCCACAGCCCGGAUGCUGGCCAAGCAGUAUGGACACAUGAAGAUCGUCGGGUUGAUAGAUGCUCACUCACCUUCUCUGCCCAAGAACCUCUAUCGGAGCCCAGAAAAAUUUGAAGAUCUAAGCUCUUCGGAUGAAUCCUGCCCUGUUCCCCAGAGACAGAAGCUCUAUCGGAAAAAGGGCCUCAGCAUCCAUGAGGGGCCCCGAGCCUUGGCCAGGAUCACAGCUAUCGGACUUGGAGGCAAGAUCCAGCAGCCUUGCUGUGAGCAGGUGCCUCCACAGGGCUAUGUCACCUUCCACAGCAGCGAUGAGAACCCACUGGAUGUGGGGGGCCUCUGCUACAGGGAUGUCACAUCCCCCAUCAACGACCGGGAUGGGGAUAGCAGCAGCAGCAGCAGCCGGGAAGAGCACGCCUUCUGUGCCAACCUGGGGGCCGUGAGGCGCAGCAGCAGCAGUGAGGGCCUGACGAGAGCCCCAGGAAUCAGCAGUGAGGCCUCUCUGGAGAGCAAUGAGGAUUCAGAUCAUGCCUGUAAAAGUUCAGUUCGCAAGCAAACUAAAAGUUAUAUGAAGACCAAGAAUCGUUACAGCAACAGUGACAACCAGUGGCCUACCAGCACUGGGACUUCUGGGGCAGCCUGUUCCCCAGGAUGCAUUCCUCAGACAGAGAGGUCUCCCUAUUCAGGACCCCAGGACCUCGCCACGCUGCUGGAGCAGAUUGGGUGUCUGAAGUACCUGCAGCUGUUUGAGGAGCAGGACGUGGACCUCCGCAUCUUCCUGACCCUCACUGAGAGCGACCUGAAGGAGAUUGGCAUCACGUUAUUUGGGCCUAAGAGGAAGAUGACCUCUGCCAUUGCCCGCUGGCACAGCAGUGCCCGUCCCCCCAGCGAUGCCCUGGAGUUGGCCUAUGCUGACCGGCUCGAAGCUGAGAUGCAGGAGCUUGCCAUCCAGCUGCACAAACGCUGUGAGGAGGUGGAGGCCAUGCGAGGCCAGGUGUCGCAGGAGCAGGAGCUGCGGGCGGUGGUGGAGAGCUGCCUCCUGGAGCAGGACGGUGCCCGUGAGGACGUGCGUGCCCAGCUGCAGGAGACGUGGGCCCUGGCCCAGGACGCUGCUCUCAUCUUGGACCAGCUGCGAGCCUGUCAAGCCGAACUGUCAGCCAGAGUGAAGCAGGAGGUGUCCACCCGAGGGCUCCCCCUGGCCGCUGCCCUCCCCACAGCUGACUGGCAGGCCUCCCUGCAGGCUCUGAGCCUCCCUGAGCUGUCAGGAGCACUGGAGGAUCGAGUCCAGGAAAUGGGGCGAGUGCUAUGCUCAGUGACCCAGAGCUUGGAGAAGCUGCAGGUGCUGAACGGGAAGGAGAACUGGCGGGAGCCUUAGCUGGGAGGGACGGCUUCUCUUUCCCUUCUCAGACUCUGACGUUGGGUGACUGAUCCACCCUGAAGCUGUGUGCCUGGAAGACAGGAGGGCAGAGUGUGGGCGCUGCCGCAGGCCGGGCCCCACUGGGCCGGAGGAUCAGGCCCCAGGAGCAGCCGGCAGAAGCAGGACAGGGCUGGGGCCAGGGCAGCAAGGCCCACACGGAGGCAGGACGAGGGCCUCCAGCCCAGAAUCUGGGGGUGAGGCCCAGAGUGGGCAGGGCCCUGGGGAGAGAGGAUCCCCAUACACCGCAGGUGCCCCACAGAAAGGACUGGGCACCUGGGCAGCAUAUGUCAUUUGCUGGAAAAUAAAAUGUGAGAUUUGCUGGUCA